AUGGCUGAUAAACGGGAUUUUUGCAAGCCAAUUCUGAAACCAGGGACUGGUGUAGUCCCCGGAAGAGAUUCAGCCAAUAAUACUUUGUCUGGAAUUUCUGCUUUACAUGUGAAUGCUGCCAGAGAACUGGUGAGAUUACACACUCGUGGUAGAAACCCUAUCCAACAAGGUUCAUCUUCAAUUAGUAAUUCAACAGCGUCGACCAGUAUUCAAAGUACAGGUCAAGAAACUAGUAGUGUAUCGCCAUUCCAACCUUCAAAGAGUGUGUCUGUUCCCGCCUUAGCACACGAGGGCGAAUGUAUGAACCCACAAUGUGGUCAUUGUGGACUGGUUAUAAUUCCAUCUCCAAAAGCAUUUUAUCCAAUCCAAGACAAACCAUCUAUUACUAUCAAUGAUUGGAGUAUAUUCGUAAUAAAGAAACCAAUUUUAAAUUCAGCGGAAUUGGAUGCAUUAGCUGAGAGUAAAUUUACAUUCCCAUUACCAGAAAUGAUUUUUGGUAAUAAUUCAAUCAAAUUAGUAAAUGAUAAGGAGGGCAUUUGUAUCGAGUUUAAUACGUUGGAUGCACUUGAAGGGUUAGAUGAAAGUUGUAACUUUAAGGUCAGUUACCAUAAAGAAUGGUUAGAUUCUCGUCGAUCAAGUGAAGAUUCAAUAUCCACUACAUCUGGAUCGGGGUCAGAAAAAAAUUUAACUCCUACUAAUACCAUCACUUCAAAUAUACAAUCAAACACCAAUACAAAGGAUUUGAAGAAGCUUACCGACCUCGAGUCUCUCAAGCCAUAUGAUUGGACAUAUUCUACAAAAUACCAAGGUUCAAUUACACAUCUGGAUCCAAAGUUUCUUAAACCUUCACAAACUGCCAAAAUUCCUAUAGAGAGACUUGUAAGACCAGAUCCUAUUUUAUUUUUCGAUGAAAUGGUUCUAUUUGAAGAUGAAUUGGGAGAUAAUGGGAUUUCCAUGUUAUCUGUGAAAGUAAGAGUUAUGCCUACUUGUUUACUCUUGUUGAGUAGAUUUUUCUUACGAAUUGACAAUGUAGCAUUCCGUGUACGGGAUACCCGGAUCUUCAUUGAUUUAGAAACUUCAGAGAUUAUAAGGGAAUAUAAGGAACAAGAAAGUCCAUAUGAUGUUCUUCUCAGGAAAGUUACUGGGGGAUCUAAUUCUAAAAUUGUUGAUCCAAAGGGAUUAUUAAGGGAUACUAAUUGGGUGUCGCAGAAUAUUCCUGUUCUUUGGUCUCAAGUUGAAACUAACAAAAUAGGGUAA